AUGACGGACAUAGUGGAGAAUGAAGAGGUUGAUAAAGACACUAUAGAUGAAAUUGGUAUAGAACAGCAAUUUUAUAAAAAAUAUGAAUUACUCACAGAAACGACAGUUUCGAAUAAGAAAGCCUAUAUAAAUAAAAUAACCGGAACGAAGUCUUUGAAAUAUUCGAUAACCCUCCCGGACAACAGCAUAGAGGUGUAUGAGCUGAGCAACAGCGCACUCACCCGCACCUGCCGCCUCACUGGCCACGAGAAGAAGGUGACGGAGGUGGUGUUCAAUCCGAACGAUGAUAAUAUGCUUUUCUCCUCUUCGGAGGACGGCAUCGUCAAGAUGUGGGACACCAGGGCAGGCGGGAGCUUCGUCCACGACUAUAAGGACGAGGAGGAGUUGAUGGUGCGGCCGUACGAGUGCAUGGACGUGUCGCACAACGGGCGCGUGCUGUGCGCCGGCAGCCAGCUGGUGGAGGAGGACGCCUUCCUGGUCUUCUGGGACCAGCGCGCCACCAAGCCGCUCGGCGGCUACUGGAACUCCCACACGGAGGACGUCACGCAGGUGAAGUUCCACAAGGAGAAGAUGGAGAUCCUGGCGACGGGGUCGAUCGACGGGCUGGUGAACGUGUUCGACAUCACCGAGCAGACGGAGGAGGACGCGCUCACCUACUCGCUGAACCUGGGCACCGCCCUGGACAGGAUCGCGUGGCUGGACCACGAGCUGGCCGCCUGCACCACGCAGGCCCACGAGCUGCAGCUGUGGAACCUCGCCACCGGCGACAGGCUCUCGGCCCACAACAGGGACGACGUCGCCAGGGGCAUCAAGCGGAGCCGCGCGGACGACUGCUACCUGGUGGACGCGUUCCUGUCCGCCGAGGGCGCGCCCGUGCUGCUCGCCGGAUCCUACGGGGGCUGCGAGGACACGCUGCGGUCCGUCCGCGUGGUGGGCCGCCGCCUCCACCCGCGCACCAACUUCGCUGGCAACCGGCAGAUCGUGCACACCUGCUGGUACGACAGGGAGAGGGACAUGCUGCUGACCGCCGGCGAGGCGGGCGUCAUCAGCGUGUGGCGCGGGCUGCGCUGCGACCGGGAGAUGGAGGUGGAGGUGGAGCCGGACUCCGUGGAGGAGGGGCCCUUCGCCGUGGACCGCGCGCAGCCCGCGCCCGCCCACAGCUCCCACGGCGAGCCGGACAAACGACCCGAUAGCCGCCCGAGCAGCCCACCGGCCAGUGAACCGGACGACCAGCCGGACGAGCCGCCGGACGGCCAGCCGGAAAAAGACGCCAGCGGCCGGCCGGACAGCCCGCCGAGCGAAGAGCAGCAGCACGUGGACGCCGUCGAGGGAGACGCCCCGCCCGGCAAGCUGUCCGCCGCCCAAGAGAAGCUGCACGCCAACAGGCACCAGCCCUAC